CGUCACAUUGCUCGCCAUCUCUCUCGAAGCCAAGGAAAGCGUUGCAACACCGCCGUCCGCCGACGCCAAUGGCCGCCGCCUCACCGAAACCCGUCGAGGUCUGCGUCAAGGCCGCCACCGGCGCUCCCGAUACCGUCGGCGACUGUCCUUUUUGCCAGAGAGUUCUUCUAACGCUGGAGGAGAAGAAGGUGCCCUACGAGUUGAAGCUGAUCAACCUCGACAACAAGCCCGAUGGGUUCUUGGCGAUCAGCCCCGAGGGGAAGGUGCCAGUGUUCAAGUCCAACGAUGACAAAUGGGUUCCCGACUCGGAUGUCAUCACUCAGAUCAUUGAGGAGAAAUAUCCAAACCCUUCUCUUGUCACUCCCCCGGAAUACUCCUCCCU